GGCCCGGCGUAGGCGGCGGAGGUAGCGGCUGCGGCGGCGGCGGCGGCGGCCGAGUCGGUUCCGGUCCGGGGUCGCUCGGUGGCGGGCGCGGCGAUGCUGCAGCUGCGGGACUCGGUGGACUCGGCGGGCACGAGCCCCACGGCGCUGCUGGCGGCUGACGAGGAAGUCGGGCCGGGAGGCAGCGUUGGUGGCGGCUGCGGCGGGGGGCGGCUGGGGACGGACACUCCGCUGCGACAGACGCUGUGGCCGCUCAAUGUCCACGACCCCACGCGGCGCGCCCGCGUCAAGGAGUAUUUCGUGUUCCGGCAGCCCGGCACCAUCGAGCAGGCGGUGGAGGAGAUCCGCGUGGUGGUCCGGCCCGUGGAGGACGGCGACAUCCAGGGGGUGUGGCUGCUGACCGAGGUCGAUCACUGGAACAACGAAAAGGAGCGGCUGGUGCUCAUCACCGACCAGGCGCUGCUCAUCUGCAAAUACGACUUCAUCAGCCUUCAGUGCCAGCAGGUGGUCAGGGUAGCCUUAAACGCGGUGGACACCAUCUCCUACGGAGAAUUCCAGUUUCCCCCGAAAUCGCUCAACAAGCGAGAAGGUUUUGGGAUUCGCAUCCAGUGGGACAAGCAGAGCCGCCCGUCCUUCAUAAGCAGAUGGAACCCCUGGUCCACCAGUGUGCCGUACACCACAUUCAUAGAGCACCCGAUGGCCGGCGUGGACGAGAAGACGGCCUCUCUGUGCCAAUUGGAUGGCUUCAAAGCUCUGUUAAUCCAAGCUGUCAAAAAAGCCCAGAAGGAGAGUCCUCUGCCGGGCCAGGCCGGCGGCGUGCUGGUCUUGGAGUGCCCCCUCCUCAUCGAGACCUAUGUGGGGCUGAUGUCCUUCAUCAACAACGAGGCUAAGCUGGGCUAUUCCAUGACCAGAGGCAAAAUCGGCUUCUAGACGCCGCACCCGCACCCGUACGCGGGUCUCUUCCCUGGGAGAGCCAGGCCGAUGGGACCCUGGGGGCGGCAGGCCUCUGGCCAGCUCCACUGCCGCUGGCAGGGUCCGAGCCCCUUACCUGUAGGGGUCUGGGCACGAUUAGCAUAGUCAGAUGGACCGUAUACUUUAGCUGGAUACUGGGCAUCUGGUCACGUGAGCUCCAGACAAAGCAGAAUGAAUCUCGCUGUCACCGUCCUGGCCGGUAUCUGCUUCCUAGAACCUCAGUUUCCGUGCCCCCCCCGCUGGGGUCCCUGUCUGGCUUCCCGUGGUCCCUCCCACCCCAGCCCUGGAGCAUGUUAAUAAUUAACGUUGCGUGAUUCCAGUGCAGUAGCCCUGUCAGCACCGCAGCUACAUAGAUCGCUACAUGCAGGGAGGUCCCUGAGACUCAGUGCCUGUGCUUGUUUACAGUUGGUGUCCAAAUCUGUAUUUGGAGAUUUAAUCCACUUUCUUAAAGCUAAUUUGAAAGAAGCCAGCAGGCACGAGCUCAUCAAGAGACGGUCUGCCUUCUCAGCUCCUGAACAGACGGACACUGGUUUUUGUGGAAAUAUGUGUUCGGCCUAAAGUCACACUUUUUCUAAAAUUAAUCUAUGUCGUGUUAAUAAUACUUACGGCAUCUUUCUCAGGCCCAAAAAGGUUUACAGAAAAUCAUCUUAAGACAAGUCAUUAGUCUGAGAAAGUCACAUCGAUAAGUUCUUUGCACACAAUUUUGUCAACUCUGUUAAGCUUGUACUGUCACGUUCAUAUUUAAAAAGGGAAUUGCUUAGUUUGCGUGUAAAGAAUGCGCUUUGAAAAGGAACCAUGUCAGAGUCUCCUGACGCAGCUCAGCCCCAGGCGCCAGCCCGGGGCGCGUCCUCGUUCCCGUCCACGGCCGAGCGGUCCGCCUGGGAGCGUCUGUUGAUGGUUUAACUGCUGGCCCUCCGGUUCCUCCUCCCCGUUUCUGACUCUGGCGUAGCUGUGGCCAGCAUGGCCGUGAUUCGGAGGCGGGGGCCUGUCCCCAUCGAAAGGCUGCCUCACAACUCCGCCUGGGUCCUGCCUGAGCCGUUGCUUUCGGUCUUGUAGUAAAGGCACUUGAAAUCUGAGUUAAAACAUUAAAACAGUGGGUGUCCUUCCUCUCUUAACGGUUAUUAAAAGAGGUGCAACAACCAAGAAAGCGUCCUGUUGUUGUUAAAU